CAAACAUCAGACGCAGAGGCCAUCUCCCACCCCUUCCUCCCUCUGUCCUCAACCCAACGUACGUCAAUCACACCGCCUGGGAACAUCGCAGAUACCUGGAUUUGUGAUUAUGCAUUGCGAAUUGGCAGCCCGAUGCCUGUUUGUGAUUGUACCUAGGUUGUUUCUGUUUCUGCAAAAUUCUGCCUUCCAGCCCCGGACUUUGCUACAGAACGUACCCUUCUGGCGGGUACAAUCUCGACUCGUCGCCCAGCUCUACAACCGAGCCAAGUCUAGCCCGGCCCAUGAUUCUGAUCGACCUCCUUUCUCCCAGCCAAGCCUCAAAUUCAAUCAAGAUUUUGACACCUCCGAGGCUUACGUUGACGAGAUUGCGGAAACAGGCCCGUCUGCUGUUGCAAACGUUGACGAUCAAAACAAAUGCCAUUUUGCAUCGUCAGCCAUUCACCAGGCUCAUCCUAGACAUUUAUCGUCACCAAAAAAAAAAAAAAAAAAAACGUAAUCAAGAACAGACAUACGAAAGUAGAUGGGAAAACAUCUCAACGGGGGGAGGAAGAAGAAAAAAAAAGCGGAGGCUGUCGGUAAGGUACAAUCGCGUGUCAAGCUUGACCCGAAGAUGCGGCCCUGCUACCUUGAAUAUCUGACCUGCAGCACGUUUCCGGAGCCGAAUACUACUCCGAGUGCCUGCUCUACCCAGCAAAAAUUUAGACACAUACUCUAAAGACAGGUGAACGACAGACCGGAAUCCGUGCGCUGCACCCCCAAGAAAUUGCUUGGCAGCUUCCUGCCUGUUUUACGUGCAUUUUCGUUCGCUCUGCUGCCGCCGACCAGAUCAGAGGCCAGGCUCCUUGAAAACCAAAACAAAGCUUAUGAUGGCUCGCCAGCGCGGGCACCAGGUUUUGCGAUAACAACUCACUCCCGGAAGGAGGAGCAUCGUACGACGACGAUUGUACAAAGCAAUGAUCCUACACUGUCUACGAAGCUGCUCUCUUUCGAUUCUACGAGUCUAAUCUGGUUUAUUACGACAAACACUACGUCUUCAUUAGCACGUAUAUCCUUUCGCUCAGUUGCUCGACUUGCGGUUGGUUUUUUGACAUCUGGUUGUUCCUCUGUUCGCACAAAACCCCCCACGUUCUUUCAAAAAAACAAUACGACCGACGUCGACCUACGACUCUUCAUCUGUGAAACCGAUUAGAAGAGACAGACAAUCGUUUACUUGUGGGACACCCGUGGAAGCCUAGAAGAAUAGGAGGGACAUCAUUUGAUCACGAUCAACCGUUUCGGCAACUUUUUUCGAUUCUUGAAGCAGCGAGUCUGCCUUUUUUUAUACCCUCGAACUAGUUUCGACAUUUUAUCCACCUGGACACCACGCUCAGUGCUCGACAUACUACUUUUUACAAAAACAGGCGCAGAAGCAGAGAAAGAGUUUAAGUUAUCCGAGAGAAUAUAGUGGAAAUGUCUCCGAUGCACAUGAGCAUGGCCCCCGUGGCUUACACGCCUAUUUCGGACGCCAUGGAACGCCACGACUACGGCAUCACCAAGAACCGCAAGACCGCAUCCACCGGCGGAGGUCGGGCCUGGAGCGAGGAUGAGGAAGUGUACCUGCUCCAGACACGCCUCCAGAAGAUGCCCUACAAGCACAUCGCCGCCCACCUGAAGAAAACUGAGUUGGCAUGCCGCCUGCAUUACCACCAGCUUAGCCAUGGCUCGAACCGCCGCAAGCGCACAACGAGCGUCUCGUCCGGCUCCUCGACCGGCGGCCACUCGCCCACCAUGCCGGCUACGAUGCCUUCCCCGAUCCAUGAAUCUCGUUCCGUCUCGCCCCCCGGUAGCGUAGGCUCAUACAGGGCGGGAUCUCCUGUCGGUCAUGGCAUCCAGCUGCCUAGCAUCAUGUCAGCCAACAGCAACGACUCGCCGCGUCUUCCCGCCAUCCUGCCGAAGCCCGCCUCCAUGGGACUGACCAUUCCCCCUUCGAGCUCCAGCCGCGGUUACUCAACCCUAUCCGAGUCUGGCAUGUCGCACAACCCACCGCUGCUGCCCGCCGCCAACUUUGCGCCCAGCCACACACCGCCCCACCACCCUUCGCUGCGCCUUGACUGCAACGUCACCCUGCCGCCCCCGCAGUCGGCGCUGCACGCGCAGAUUGACAUGUCGCGCCUGUCGGCCAUCUACGCCGCCCACCGCACCGGCUUCUGGUCCGCCAUCGCGGCCGAGUACGGCCCGGGUGUCAGUGCCGCUGCCCUCGAGCAGGCGUGGAACAGCAACGCGCAGCCCAUCACCAAGCAGCAGCAGCAGCAGCAGCCUUACCACUACGGUCACCAGACCCCUCAGCAAACCGUCACUCCCAUCACCCCAGUUCUCUCGCCCGAGGACCGCGAGGCCUACAGCAUGCGGGCGGCUUCGGACAAGACCCGCAUCUCCGCCAUUCUCGGCAUUGAUGCUGACCCGCGCAGCCCCAAGGAGAGGGAGAUUGUCAGGAGGAUGGAGGAAAGGGUUGGCGCAUAAGGUUGCUGCGUCUCGGGCCGUACACUUGGGGAGGGUUAUUUUCUUUUUUUUUUUUAUCAUCUCGGCGUGAU